AAACAGCACCUAACACAUACAAUGUACCUACAGUUGCUGUGAUUAGCUAAAUUGUUAUUUGGAGAGUGAAAAUUGAUAUGGUAAGCGCUCAGUGCUGCGAGAAUGCUCCGACCCUUCUCGCCUCAAGUUGUGGAGCAGGACAUGUGGAGGACUUUGGAGGCCUCAAGACCUACAUUUCUGGUUCCCCUCAUUCAAAGCUUGGGAUCCUUCUUGUCUCCGAUGUUUAUGGAUAUGAGGCUCCCAACUUGAGGAAGCUUGCUGACAAAGUUGCAGCUGUUGGAUUCUUUGUGGUUGUUCCAGACUUCUUCCAUGGAGAACCCCUUAUACCUAACAAUCCUGAUAGGCCUUUCCAAGCUUGGAUAAAGGAUCAUUCAGCGGAAAAAGCAUCUGAAGAUGCAAAACCAGUGAUUGAAGCUCUAAAAAAGAAGGGUGUAUCCAAAAUUGGAGUUGCAGCCUUCUGUUGGGGUGCCAAGGUUGCUGUGAUACUAGCCAAGCAUGCUUGUAUCAAUGCCGCAGUGCUGUUACAUCCAUCAUUUGUUACAUUGGAUGACAUCCAGGGGGUUGAGGUUCCAAUUUCAAUACUGGGAGCUGAAAUUGACCAACUUUCUCCACCAGAACUCUUGGAACAAUUUGAUCAGGUCUUGAAGGCUAAAAAUGAGGUUGAUGCAUUUGUGAAGAUAUAUCCCGGGGUUUCACAUGGGUGGACUGUGAAGUACAAUAGUGAGGAUGCAGAGGCUGCGAAGCGUGCAGAGGAGGCACACAAGGAUAUGUUGGAUUGGUUUGUCAAGUAUAUAUGUUAGCUGAGAAAAUUUCCAAACUAUGAAAUAAUUUGAUGUGUUCAGACUAUCUUAGUUGCUAAUAAUGUCUAAGUCAUCGCCACCAUGUAUGGAUUAGAGUAUACAAACUCUUCUCUUUCAGCUGAAAAAAAGUAAGUUUUUGUUUUGUUUUGUUUUGUUUUAUUUUUAUGCAAGGAAUUUGUUUAGUAGGUUAUGAGCUAUGAACACUGUGGUUGGGGUUGA